UAUACAUCAUUCGUCAGCCUUCGGCUUCAGCCCUUUAACGACUUCACCUCUCGUUUGUCCAUUGCUCUAGAAGCUGCUUCAUUAGCUGUUGUAGUAGCGUCUCUUGCUGUACUCGCUAUUGCAGCUAAAGGUCUCCACCUAUGGGACUUAAAUGCCGGCGCAAUAAUUCAGCGUUUUAUGGGCUUAAAACAAGAUACCUUCAGACUCCAUUCGACAUUUGGAGGUGUUAAUGAUGAUUUUGUCGCUAGUGGUAGUGAAGAUGGUUUUGUUCAUAUCUGGCGAAUUGUCUCUGGCAGCCACCCUAUCCGAUCUUCCGAGAGUCACUCUGGCAGGGGUCCAGUGACCUGUGUUACUUGGAACCCGUGUCUACCCACAAUGAUCGCUUCAGUUAACGAUGAUGGCGAGCUUGUCAUUUGGGCGCCUCAUAGAUACGUUCCCGAACGUAUGCGUGGACAAUCGCUCUAA